AUGUCCAGGAAACAAAGUCAGAAGGAUUCAUCAGGAUUCAUUUUUUAUUUACAGUCCAAUACUGUGCUGGCUCAGGGAGGAACUUUUGAGAACAUGAAAGAAAAGAUAAAUGCAGUGCGUGCAAUAGUUCCUAAUAAGAGCAACAACGAGAUCAUCCUCGUCUUGCAGCACUUUGAUAAUUGUGUGGACAAAACAGUACAAGCAUUCAUGGAAGGUAGUGCUAGUGAAGUACUCAAAGAAUGGACAGUAACAGGCAAGAAAAAGAACAAAAAGAAGAAAAGCAAACCAAAACCUGUAACAGAAUCGAGUAACAGUAUCCCAGAUUCCGGCAAACUGGCAUCCAUUCAAGAGGAACAGUCGGCACCUUCCUCAGAGGAAAGUGGCAUUAACGGUUACCAUGUCAAUGGUGCCAUUAAUGAUACUGAAUCUGUAGAUUCACUCAGUGAAGGCGUGGAGACCCUUUCAGUAGAUGCGAGAGAAUUGGACGAUCCUGAGUCUACUGCAUCAGAUGGCCACACACUGCAUAGAAUAGGAGCCAUGCUGGAGAAUGGGGUCUCGGAUUUUGAGCCUAAAUCUUUGGCUGUGCACUCUACACAGGAAAGUUCCCCCAAAUCUCUCUCAAGAAAUUCCACAGAAGCUCAGCUUUCAAAUCUGGGGGUGGAAGAUGUUCCCCUCUCUGCCACUAACAAAAAGCUAGGUUCCAAUAUUGAAAAAUCUGUAAAAGAUCUCCAGCGCUGCACAGUGUCCCUUGCACGGUAUAGAGUUGUGGUUAAAGAAGAGAUGGACGCUUCCAUCAAAAAAAUGAAACAAGCUUUUGCAGAACUGCAGAGUUGUUUAGUGGACCGAGAAGUGGCAUUGCUUGCAGAAAUGGACAAAGUAAAGGCUGAAGCAAUGGAAAUUUUGCUUGGCUGACAAAAGAAAGCUGAACUUCUAAAGAAGAUGACUGAUGUAGCUGUUCGAAUGACAGAGGAGCAAUUGAUUGAGCUCAGAGCUGAUAUAAAGCAUUUUGUUAGUUAACGUAAAUCUGAUGAGGAUCUGGGACGAGUAGCACAGUUUACCUGUGAUGUAGAAACCCUAAAGAAGAGCAUUGAUUCAUUUGGACAAGUGUCACAUCCAAAGAACAGCUAUUCAACAAGACCCCAGUGUAGUUCUGUUACAUCUGCAUCUUUGAGCAACCCAAGUGAUGCUUCUGCUGCUUCCUCUUCCACCUGUGCCUCUGCUCCCAGCCUUACAAGUACUAAUAAGAAAAUCUCUGCACCCGGAGAGACUCCUGCAGCCAUAACCCACUCCAGUGGCCGGCCUUCCCAGCCUCCUCGGGAGGUAUUUCCGGGGAACAGACGAGGAGGACAAGGCUAUAGACCACAAGGCCAAAAGUCCAGUGAAACCACAAGCCAAGGGAGACAUGACGGUGUAGGUCGUUACAGAAAUAGCUCAUGGUAUUCAUCUGCUCCCAAGUACCAGAAUGCUCCACCCCAGGCACCAGGAAGCACUGAAUGGGGUCAGGUUCACGCUUCAGGGACCAAUGGAACUGGAGCCAGCGUGGAGCCCAGCCUGCCCAAACCCUCUUUCAAAAAGGGGCUCCCCCAGCACAAACCCAGGACCUCUCAGGCUGAAGCUGUGAACUCUUGA